UGAAUGGAUGUUGCAAGUUGUUGGAGCUGCACCAGGAUCUCAUGCAAAGCACAACUACUUUGAAGUUUGGAGAAAUUCACAGGAAUACCAAGAUGUGCAAAAGGAAAUUGCCACCAUGGAAACUGAGUUGUCGAAAUUGCCAAGAGAUGAAGACCCUGAAGCUAAAUACACAUAUGCAGCUCCUAUUUGGAAACAAUACUUGAUUGUCACUUGGAGAGCUAUCGUACAAGAUUGGAGAUCGCCAAGAUAUAUCUACUCAAAGGCGUUUUUGGUUAUCUCAUCGGCUAUUUUCAACGGUUUUUCAUUCUUCAAGGCUGAUAGAACAAUGCAAGGUUUGCAAAAUCAAAUGUUUUCAGUUUUUAUGUUCUUUGUUCCAUUCAACACCAUGGUGCAACAGUUGCUUCCCCAAUUCAUAAAGCAAAGAGAUGUUUAUGAAGUUAGAGAGGCGCCAUCGAGGACAUUCAGUUGGUUUUCUUUCAUAUCGGCCCAACUCACAGCCGAGAUGCCGUAUCAAAUUGCGGUUGGAACGAUUGCAUUCUUCUGCUGGUACUACCCUCUUGGAUUAUAUGCAAACGCCGAACCUACUGACGCUGUUAAUCAACGAGGUGUGCUUAUGUGGCUUUUCAUCAACUGUUUCUACGUCUACACGAGUACCAUGGGUCUUUUGUGUGUAUCAUUUAUUGAACUUGCUGACAAUGCUGCAAAUCUUGCCAACAUUUUGUUUACAUUGUGCUUGGCUUUCUGUGGUGUGCUAGUAACCGGUGACAAGUUGCCUGGUUUCUGGAUCUUCAUGUACCGUUGCAACCCUUUCACUUAUUUGGUUCAAGGAAUGUUGGCUACAGGGUUGGCAAACACUUCAGUAAUGUGUAGCAAGACUGAGUUAUUAACCGUUGAACCACCCAGUGGACAAUCCUGUUCAUCUUACUUACAGUCGUAUCUUGAAACAGCUGGUGGCUAUAUUGUCGACACAGAUGGGUGCCAAUUCUGUCAGGUAAAAUAUACCAACACUUUUUUGGAUUCGAUCAAUGCUAGGUACAGUGAACGAUGGAGAAACUUUGGACUUGUAAUCUGUUUCAUUGCCGUUAACAUUGUAUUUACAGCUGCCUUGUACUGGCUUGCUAGAGUCCCCAAGGGAAACAGAGAAAAGGACAAUAAGAAGAACGAGAAGAAGUAA